UUCCCGCGAGAAAAUGCAUCGAUGACAAAAUGCAUUCUUUCCCUCGUCAUCCAGCACGAUUAGUAAUUACAAAAUAUGUUGCACCAAGAACGAUUUGGGAGAGGCCUGGGAGGCAGCCAGCAAAUCCUCCGGAUGGCUGUAGUACAGACAUGCCACGGCUGGUCGCAAAUCAACAGUCCUUCCUGUCAUCUUGGCCCAUAUUCGAGAGCCAUAUUAUUCGUCUGCAGAAAAUCUGCCGGGAAUUAGCAUGCUCGCUGACAACAUUCUCUGGCGUUAAGUGUCAGAAAAAUCGCUCGCGUGACGUUGACCACGCAGCUUUGCCCACAUCUCAUGCGCCUUCCCGCCGUCAGAGUUCUACCGCUUGCAGGAAAUUCCCAGGCAUUGUAUGUAUUAUUCACAAGAGUGCUCCCCCAAUAGUUUUCGUAAGUCAUCCAAGUUGGGAAGAUGAUGUAGGCAUUGUUUUCUCAUUGGGAUCGAACGAGUAGAUACUCUUACUUUUC